UCUCUUCACCUAAGAUAAUAUUAUUUGAGGCGAGUCAAAUAUUAAACGUGAAUACCACUCUUAGAUUGAAUUCAAACCUUGGACCACUAAGUUGUGGGUAGUCUAUAGAGGAAAUUUAUUGCAUUCCUAGAAGUUGAUGAACCACAUAUAAUUGCUUACAUUUUACCUCAAAUUACAUGCAAAUUUCUGUUAGAAUUGAAAUUUGACAAGACACAUAAAAAGCCAAUUUUUCCCUGUCCAGAAUAUAUGCUUCCCAGUGGAAUCAUAUUAAAGGGGUGUUAACGUGUUCAUAUACCAUCUUAUUAUGGUAUCAACUUUUGACACUAACCAAUGAAUGUGGUAACAUAACCACCCCUCAAAUAGCAUACACACUUUUCUAUUUAGAAUUUAGAGCCCUCUUUCUGCCACCACCCCAAUUAAUCAAUCAUACACAUAAAUUGAUCCCAAUGCAAAUUGAAUGAUGUUAGUGGUAUUUAUUAACCGAUCAUAAAGUUAUUGUACAAUAUUAAGUACUAGUGUGACAAGAGAGUUCACCCAAACACUUCAACUAUGAGAGAUCAAAGAGUCCUUCAUAUUGAAGAUAGUACUAGUCAAAUAGAAAGGUCUAAGUGGGUUUUGGAUUCUCCUAAUCCACCACCUUUAUGGAAGAAGCUAUUUUCUUCAUUGAAAGAGACCCUUUUGCCUCAUGGAAACAAAUUAUGUUUCUCAUCCAAGAACAAAAGUUUUCUUGCACUUGCUUACUCAUUCUUGCAGAGUUUGUUUCCAAUCCUUGUUUGGUUAAAAGAUUACACUAUCUCUAAAUUUAAAGAUGAUCUUUUAGCUGGUUUAACUCUUGCAAGUCUUUGCAUACCUCAGAGUAUAGGUUAUGCAAGUUUGGCAAAAGUUGAUCCUCAAUAUGGCUUGUAUACGAGUAUUGUUCCUCCUCUUAUCUAUGCUGUGAUGGGAAGCUCAAGAGACAUUGCAAUUGGACCUGUAGCUGUAGUGUCUAUGCUUUUAUCUUCCUUGGUCACCAAUGUCAUAGAUCCUGUUGCUAAUCCUCAUGCCUAUAGAGAUUUUAUCUUUACCGUCACCUUCUUCACCGGAAUUUUUCAAGCUGCAUUUGGUAUUUUCAGGUUGGGUUUUCUUGUGGAUUUUCUUUCACAUGCUGCACUAGUUGGAUUCAUGGCAGGAGCAGCAAUCAUUAUUGGUCUUCAGCAGCUCAAGGGUCUUUUGGGGAUUACUCACUUCACCACCAAAACAGAUGCAGUAUCAGUAUUGGUUUCUGUUUAUAAGUCAUUACAUCAACAAAUUACUUCUGAAGAAAAGUGGAGUCCUCUGAAUUUUGUCCUGGGAUGUUCUUUCUUGAUUUUCCUGCUAGUUACCCGCUUUAUAGCAAGAAAGAAGAAAAAACUUUUCUGGUUGCCUGCAAUUGCUCCUCUUCUAUCAGUUAUACUAUCAACUUUAAUUGUGUAUUUAUCAAAAGCUGAUAAACAAGGAAUUAAUAUAAUAAAGCAUGUUAAAGGAGGCCUGAAUCAGAGUUCAGUUCACCAGUUACAAUUUCAUGGUCAAAAUGUCGGGCAAGCGGCUAAAAUCGGAUUAGUCUGUGCAGUUAUCGCCCUCACUGAAGCAAUGGCUGUUGGCCGAUCUUUCGCUUCCAUCAAAGGAUACCAACUUGAUGGGAACAGAGAAAUGUUGUCAAUGGGAAUCAUGAACAUUGCAGGAUCCUUAACUUCAUGUUAUGUAGCAACUGGUUCAUUUUCAAGAACAGCAGUUAAUUUCAGUGCAGGAUGUCAAACAGCAGUAUCAAAUAUUGUGAUGGCAAUUACUGUGAUUUUGUUCCUGCAAUUAUUUGCAAGGCUAUUAUACUACACACCUAUGGCUAUCCUUGCUGCUAUCAUCCUCUCCGCACUUCCUGGAUUAAUUGAUAUAAACGAGGCUCGCUAUAUCUGGAAGGUCGACAAAUUAGACUUUCUUGCCUGCAUCGGUGCUUUUGUUGGCGUCUUGUUUGCAUCCGUAGAGAUUGGUCUGCUAGUUGCAAUCUCGAUCUCAUUUGCGAAGAUCCUAAUACAAUCGAUUCGACCUGGAGUAGAAAUUCUAGGAAGAGUUCCAAGAACAGAAGCCUUCUGUGAUGUUACUCAAUAUCCGAUGGCAAUAAGCACACCAGGCAUCGUUGUGAUUCGCAUAAGCUCCGGCUCACUCUGCUUUGCAAAUGCCAAUUUUGUCAAAGAAAGAAUACUGAAGUGGGUCGUGGAAGAAGAUGACAUUCAAGAAACUGCUAAAGGAAAUGUCCGUGCCAUAAUUAUGGACAUGACAAACCUCAUGAAUGUUGAUACUUCUGGAAUUCUAGCACUUGAGGAAUUGCAUAAGAGGUUGCUUUCACGCGGCGUAGAAUUAGCUAUGGUCAACCCAAGAUGGCUAGUAAUUCACAAGCUCAAGCUUGCACAUUUUGUGGACAAAAUUGGGAAACAAUGGGUUUUUCUGACUGUUGGAGAGGCUGUAGACGCGUGUCUCUCUUCCAAAAUUGCUACUGCUUGAUAUUGUAUGUCUCUGGAUUUACAAUAGUUUUGCUUAUUGUUACAACUUUAAUACAUAAUUGCAUAUCUAAGCACAUAAACUUGUAUGCUCUUAAGGGAUUUUACUGAGUAUCUUAUUAUAAUAUAUCAGUUUUGGAAGUUAGUGAUGUUUAUAUGAAUA